GCUCCGCGGGGUGCCCGGGCCGGAGUUGCUGUGUGGGGCGGGGAAGGUUCCGAGCAGGAGCCGGAGAACCGGGACCAUGCCGCCCCCCAAAGACGUGGUGAAAAUCGCCAUUCAGAUGAUGGGAGCCAUCCCACAGCUCAUUGAACUCAACCAGACCAAGCCCCUGGCUGCGGUUGUGAAGGAGGUUUGUGACGUGUGGAACCUGGGCAACGCCGAGCACUACGCCCUGCAGUACGUGGACGGGCAGCAGACGUACAUCACCGAGUCGAACCGCGCGGAGAUUAAGAAUGGGAGCAUUCUGCGGCUGACCACUUCUCCGGAUCAGGAGGCAGAGCGGCUGCACAAUGGGAUCCGGAGUCACAACCUGGACGUGAAGGCAGACUCCCUGAAGAAGCUGGCGAACCUCUCCCGAGACAUCACCUUUGCCCAGGAGUUCAUCAAUAGGAACGGCCUGAAACAGCUCUUCCUUAUUGUGGAAGAGGGGAACGAUACAGGGGAGAUUCUAGCUCACACCCUGAAGGCAUUCAUGGAGCUGAUGGAGCACGAUUUUGUCUCCUGGGAGACGCUGAGUCCGGCCUUCAUCAAAAAAAUAGUGAGGUACGUCAACACGGGUGGGAUGGACACCUCCAUCCAGCAGCUCUCCCUGUCCAUCCUGGAGAACAUGGUCCCGAGCAGCCGCCACCUCUUUGAGCUGGUCAAACGUGAAGUGACCCUGGAUCGCCUCCUCACCCACCUGCAGGUGACCAACCAGCAGCUGCAGCUCAAAGCCAUGGCGCUGCUCAUCGCCCUGCUGCUGAAUGCCAGUGACGCGGAGAGGAGGGACAUGAUGGGCUAUCUGGGCGAGAGGAACAUCCGGCAGUUCAUUCACAAGAACAUUAUCCACGCCUCGGAGCCGAUGGGGGAUGAGAUGGCCCAUUACCUCUACGUGCUGCAGUCCAUCACCCUCAACCUGCUGGAGCGGAGGAUGCGGACCCCCAUGGACCCCUACUCGCAGGAGCAACGGGAGCUUCUCCAGUUCCUGCGUCACAGCGCCUUCGAGUCGGAGAGCGAGGCUUCUGCUGGCACCGUCAGCGCGGAGCGCCGGCGCUCGGUGUGUGUCACAGAGUUCCGCAAGCUGGGCUUCCAGAACCACAGUAACCCUGCCCAGGACCUGCACCGCGCGCCCCCAGGACUGCUGGCCCUGGACAACAUGGUCUACUUCUCCAGACACUGCCCGAGCGCCUAUAGCAGAUUUGUCCUUGAGAACAGCAGCCGUGACGAUAAACACGAGUGCCCGUUUGCCCGGAGCAGCAUCCAGCUCACCCUGGCCCUCUGCGAGAUCCUGCACGUCGGGGAACCAUGCUCGGAGACGGCCCAGGCCUUCUACCUCAUGUUCUUCGGUCAGGACCACUUCUUCCAGGAGCUCUUCUGUAUCUGCAUCCAGCUGCAGAACAAGACCUGGAAGGAGAUGCGUGCCACGCAGGAGGACUUCGACAAGGUGCUGCAGGUGGUCCGGGAGCAGAUCACCCGGACCCUGUCCCUCAAACCCACCUCCCUGGAGCUGUUCAAGACCCGAGUGAACGCGCUUAACUACAGCGAGAUCCUGAGACUGCGGCAGACGGAGAGGAUGCACCAGGAGGAGACGCUGGCCGUGCCUGUGCUGGAACUGCGAGAGAGGCUGAAGCCCGAGCUCCUGGAGCUGAUCCGCCAGCAGCGGCUCCUGCGGCUCUGCGAGGGGACCCUCUUCCGCAAGAUCAGCAGCCGCCGCAGACAGGAUAAGCUGUGGUACUGCCGCCUGUCCCCCAACCACAAGGUGCUGCACUACGGAGAUGUGGAGCAGGGGGUGCAGAGCCCCGCCAUUGAGAGCCUGCCGGAGAAGAUUCCCGUGGCCGACAUCAAGGAGCUGCUGGUUGGCAGGGAAUGCCCGCACAUGAAGGAGAAGGGCUCCGGGAAGCACAACAAGGAUGUCCUGGACCUGGCCUUCUCCAUUAGCUAUGACGUGGAGGAGUACUACCUGAACUUCAUCGCCCCCACUCGCUACGAGUUCUGCCUGUGGACGGACGGCCUGAACGUGUUGCUGGGCCGGGAGCUGACGAGCGAGCGAACCCAGAGCGAGCUCGACAUCCUGCUCUCCAUGGAGCUCAAGCUGCGCCUCCUGGACCUGGAGAACAUUUCCAUCCCCGACGCCCCUCCUCCCGUCCCCAAGCCCCCCAGCAACUUAAACUUCUGCUACGACUUCAGCCCCAAUGAACAGUGAGGGCCUCCACCCCCGCCAUGGUGCUCUCGCUCCCCGCAGCCAGCCCCAGCUCCCGGCCCUGCUAGCGGGAAGUCUGGGCCAGAGGCUGGGCUGGAAGGGGGGAGGAAGGGAAAACCUGGCUCCCCGCUGUGGCCCCUCCUGCUGGGCAGAGAGUGAGUGGGGGAAGGGCUGGUGGGUGAGAGCCAUGAUCUCCUUUCCCCCCUCGUCCUGGUUCUGCCCCGGGGGAGCCGCCGAGCCCUGGGUCCACUCCCCCCUUCCCCCUAGGGCAGCCUCCCACCCCUUCCACUUGCCACCCUGACCGAGCGGGGCUCACCCAAGUGCCUCAUUGCCCCACGCUGCACUGGUGCUGCUGCUGUUACUGCGCCAUGGGGGGUGGCCUGGGGCGCCCCGCUCCCCACGGCAGGCUGCUCCUGGGGGGUUGACAGAGCCUUUGGCAAUCCGCCGAGCCCCUUGGAGCUGGCACCAUCCUCCUGCAGGAGUCCUCACCUGCUGCACUGGUACGAUACGGGGCACCUGGGCACACCCCAGGGAAAGAUGCCGAGGUGGCACCCAAGAAGGUACGAUUCUGUGCUGCCCCACGCUCCCCCUGCCGCUCUCUGGGCACGGGACACACAGUGAUAAGUGACAGCCUGGGCAGGGGGGCUGGUGCCUCUCCCUGGCCCGGUACCUGCUGAGGAUCUCUCUGCUGCUGGCUCAUCAGCCAAACGCCUGGCAAGGUGGGCUCAGCACUGCAGGAGGAAGCUAAACUGUCACCCUGCAGGGCAGGGCCCAGCUGUCGCCCUGAGCUUUGACGUGGUGCCAGCAGCCCCCGUUAUUCUUUAUGGACAAGAGGGCGUUCUGGGGAAAAUCUGCCUUCCAGCAGCUAUGGUGUUAAAGCUGCUGGGGCCAAAUGGCUGAGCGACUCCCUGAGCACAAGGAGAAAGGGAGUCACUGCCAGUCCCCUCUGCGAGCCUCCCUGGCUGGGGGGAGCUGAGGCUGGGCAUGGGCGGGCGCCUGCUGCAGGCUCCACUGUCACUCGGGGCUGAAGUCUGCACCCCGGGAAUCCCGGCCAGGCUGCCAACGCCCCACCGCUGUCACUCG